GAUGAUGGGCACGUCCUGCUUUUAGCCCGGGGCCAGAUUUUCGGUGCAGACUCAAUUGGAGAUUUUUUCUAAGGUUGAGAUAGCGGGGCGCACGUUAUUUUUUGGAGGAGGACGGAGUGAGAGGCCACGUUUGGAGAAGUUCCCCUUACGCGCUUCGUUGAAAAUCAAAACAGGUCGACGCGUCGCCAUGACUACAGAAGCGGGCUCUGAGACCGAGGUGAAGGAGAAAGCCGAGGAGCCUGCCGCUGAGCCGGUCCAAUCGGAGAAGGCCCCGGACGAGGCCCAAGAAGUAGCCAACGCCGAGGGGCAGGAGAAGGGGAAGGAGGGCAAAGGAAUAGGUCGAUACCUGCCGACAUGGCUUAAGAAGCAGAAGUCUCAGAGCCAGCAGACCUCCCCGACCAAAGAGGCGCCGCCCACGGAGGAAGCCGUCGGCAAGGUGACACAGCAAAAGGGGGACGAGUCUGCCCCGGAAGUGAACGGUCACGCAGAGGAAGUGGAAGAAGAAGAGGAAGAAGAGGAGAAGGAGGAGGCAGUAAAGUCGGAGGAAGUGAAGGAAAAGGAAUCAGAAUCUCACUCUACCGCCAGCGGAGACAACAAGACCGCCAAGGCUGAGGAGACUGCUGAUAAAGUUCCAGAGGAGAGCCAGCCAACAGCAGAGGGAGAAGGAGCAAAGGAGGUGCAGCAGAAGAAGGAGCAGGAAGGGGACGCGGCCGGUGAGGAGGAGCAAGGAGGGGAAAGAGAAGGCCAGACUUCUAUUUUCCAGUCUCCUCUCCGCCUGGUGAGGAAAACCAAGAUGAAGCUGAUGGAGUGUCACGUGAGCCUCCUGGACGGGACCGACUUCACCUGCGAGGUGGAGAAACGGGCCAAAGGCCAGUUCCUGUUCUUUAAGGUGUGCGAGCACCUCAACCUAAUGGAGAAGGACUACUUUGGACUCUUUUACAUGGACAACCAUGCACAGACGUGUUGGUUGGACCCCACCAAGGACAUCAAGAGACAGAUACGCAAUAACAACUGGCAGUUUGUAUUCAACGUCAAGUUCUACCCUCCUGACCCGUCACUGCUCACCGAAGACAUUACCAGGUACCUGCUGUGUCUGCAGCUCCGUGAAGACGUGGCCACUGGGCGCCUGCCGUGCUCGUUCGUCACUCACGCCCUGCUGGGGUCGUACACGCUGCAGGCGGAAUUUGGGGACCACGAGCCCGACCAGCCUCGGCCCCUGGACAACGUGGGUCAGCUGACCUUUGCGCCCAAUCAGAACAAAGACAUGGAGGAGAAGAUUCUUGAGCUCCACAAGUCUCUCAGGGGAAUGACACCAGCUCAGGCCGACGCCCAGUUUCUAGAAAAUGCCAAGAAACUGUCCAUGUACGGGGUGGACCUGCACCACGCCAAGGACUCGGAGGGCGUGGACAUCAUGCUCGGCGUGUGCGCCAACGGGCUCCUGGUUUACAAGGACAGGCUCCGGAUAAACCGCUUUGCUUGGCCCAAAAUCCUCAAGAUUUCAUACAAGAGGAACAACUUCUACAUAAAGAUCCGACCCGGAGAGACGGAGCAGUUCGAGAGCACCGUGGGAUUCAAGCUCCAGAAUCAUCGCUCUGCCAAGAGGCUGUGGAAGGUCUGCGUGGAGAACCACAGCUUCUUCAGGUUAACGGUGCCGGAACAGCCCACCAAGGCCCGCUUCUUGACUCUGGGCUCCAAGUUCCGUUACAGCGGGCGAACCCAGGCCCAGACCCGCAAGGCCAGCUCCCUCAUAGACCGGCCGGCGCCCAACUUCCAACGCACCUCCUCCAAGCGCAUCAGCCGCAGCCUGGAUGGAGCACCAAUGAUCAGCAUAACUGAGGCGUCAGAGAACGGACGUGAACCCCACCUGGAGCUCCACUCUGACUCUAAGUCCAUCUUCAUGUUCCCUCUAUCCUUCUCCUCCUCAUCCUCCCUCUCCUCCCUCCCCCACUCCCUCGACACCGCCUCCGAGCUCGACCGCGCCCUUCUGUCAGACAUCUCUGAAGACAACGACCUCGCGGACCACUCCGCCCGCCCGACCCCCGCUCUGCGGGCCCUCCCCUCGGACACCACCCCCCUUUCCCCCGAGCGCCAGUCGGCUGACCUCGAACCCCUUGCGCCGACCCCCCCGGCCACGCCUCCGGCCGCGGGCCCCGAAACGUGCCUCGCCCAGGCCUCUGUCGCCGAGCGGCGCUGCCCGGCCGGCACCGGCGCGGCGGCGGCUGCAUCGUCCAAUUGGUGGAGCUGGUUCUCCCUGAGGGGCGUGGCUAAAUACGUUUCCUUCGUGCUGUGCUUCCUCUCGGUUUGGGGCCACAGCGUAAACUGCUGUGCGCCCGCUAAGCUGCUGUCGGGACUGACCAAGAGGCUGAGGCUGUUUGCUCGGAGGCUCACGUUCAAGUCGUCGUCGUCGUCGGCGACGCCGGCCAGAGACCCCGAACGCACCGCGGCGCCCGCGCUGCGUCACGUUUUCAACGGCCUGGCGCUGAAAUGGACCCGCCUGGUGGCAUUUAUCGCGAGCUGCCUGCCCGCCGAACUCGCGGGUUUAGUUCCCGCCGUGGUCUGGCGCCCGACGCGGCUGCCCGCGAUGCCCUCCCUCACCCGCCCCCCGGCCGCCUCUUCCUUCGGCCGCCUCUCUUCGCUGCCCUCGUGUUUGUUUCCCGUCCCGCCCCGCGCCUUUCUCUCCCCCCUCUCUGGCGCCCGCCUGCGCCCGUCCCUACAGCGCUACCUGCUGAACCCCUCCCCGCUGUUGCUGCCCUGCCUCCUGGUCGUCUUCCUGUUGGCCGUGAUGCUCACAGCCAGCCAAUCCCUGGUGCUGGCCCUGAUUCUAGCCGCGCCCCUCGGCCUGACCCUGUGUUACCUGGAGAACGUGGUCUCCGGGCAACGGAAGGCGGCCCCGCCGGAGGAUCGGUUGAGCUCUCCUCGCGCGCCCCCGAGCGCCGCGCACCGCGCUCGCUCCGCCGCCGCCACCUGGGCGCAAGAGAUGUGCGAUCCCGCCGCGUAAAUCCGCCGCACAAAUACGCCGCACAAAACUCCCCCUUUUUGCUUUUCCCACUUCACUGUGUUUGAGUGUCUAAGCCCCGCCUCCACCUUCUUCCCCCUGGUAUCUUCUGCUCGAUCCCCGCAUCCCGCCCACCCCACUGUAUUGUCUAAGAUAAAGAUAUUAUAGAAUAAUUAAGUAUUAAAUAAACCAGGUUUUAGAUAAACCCUGUUGAAAUAGAGAAUGUUUUAUUGUGUGUUAAAUAUAGAGGAAAAAGAGGUAUAUUCAGAGGUUUAAAUACUGAAACUGUAUAUUUUGGGGGGAGCACAUCACAUUUUGAGAGCUGCUUCAACCACUUAAUCAAAUGAUGAUGAGCUAAAGGCACUUCAUAUCAUAAUAAAUAAAUAUAUAUAUAUAAACUUUUGAGCCCAAAACAAAAUUGUAUUUUUGCCUAACUAUUCAGUUGCUCUAUUUUGCCGUUGUAGUUUAGAGAAAGAUUAGUUGUUUAUAACUGUACGUGCAAUGAGAGAAGUUAGCCUUCUCCCGAUCCCAAAACUAUAGUCUACUUAUUGUUGUGGCCUUUUGUUGAAUAUCGCUGCUGGUGCAGGACGCGAUUAAAAGACAAGUAAAAAUUUGCGACUCGGUUCUGGACCCGUUUGCGAUCACGGGAGGGCGAACUCGUCUGCUGUUCUGGAGUUCUGCACUUGGGAAGUUGUAACGAUGUGCGUCGCAUGGUGGGAAAAUCCACUUUGACACUACCUGAGCAGCUGCUGCUGGCUCCCUUUAUCGGCCACCUCGCACUCCGUCCACGUGACCACUCCUCUGGUCACAUGACCACCGUAUCACCCAUUUCACACCUUUUUUUUUUUUUUGUUGUCUUUGCGCCCCUAUCAUUUU